AUGCCGAAAGAGAGUGCCGGACAGGACCCGGUGGCAAGCUACGGACUGAUGUCCACUGCCGCCAUGUCCGUAGCCGCGGCAAGUGCUGCAGUCAGCCGGCGUGUGCGACGCACAGCACCACGAAGCAUUCGGCAAGGACGGCCGCGCCAAGUUCUCGUCAGGAGCCAUGAUCAUGAGGAUCUCGAGCAUGGCCAUGACCAUGACCACGAGCAUUCACACAGCGUUGCCUCCGCAAAAUCCCAUGAAAGCGACGAACACGGGCAUAGUCACGGCCACGAGCAUGAACACGGCGUUGCCUCCGCGAACUCCCGUGAAAGCGAUGAACACGGGCAUAGUCACAGCCACAGCCACAGCCACAGUCACAGCCACAGCAGUCACAGUCAUGAGACUGUGGCGGAUCACGAUCAUGAUCACGGGCAUAGUCACGGUGGUUGCUGUGGGCACGGGCACAGCCACGGCGAGGUUCCAGACUGGCUUCCGGGGGCGCCAGCACUUCGGCGCCUCUCAGAUCUGUCCAGAACGAAGACGUCCAUCACCGUCGUGACCGUUGCCUUUGUGAUGUCAGCCCUCUUAGCAUGUGUCAAGACGCCAGGCAUCAUGUCCCGAAGCCUUCGACUGGCAGGCCCAGUGCUGGUCUACAUCGUCUAUGGUAUACCAGCAUUGGCGGGAGCCAUGCAAAACGCAGCUCAGCUCGACAUCCACUUCCUGAUGACCCUGGCUGCAUUUGCGUCAGUAGCCCUUGGCCACGGCAUGGAGGGCGCCCUGCUGCUGCUCCUCUUUGCUCUCUCCGAGGUUCUUGAGGUUCGUGCGGAGCGCAGCUUCCCUCACUUUGCCAUGGACGGCGAAAUGCUUGAUAAUGUUGGUGCAGCAAGCACUUUGAUUGGAGCGAUGGUGUUAUUGAUGUCCCUGACAUACUUGACGAACAAUUCCGACAAGGACAUAAGACGGUACAGUUAUGAAGUCAUCAGUCAGACCAUCGCGAUCUUCUGUGCUGUAAUGAUUUUCCAAUAUGUGAAUGACGUCACCGUCAAGGUUGUGAAUGUCUUCGGCCUUCAACAAUUCCAUCUCGUGGUCCAGAUGUGUCAGAUGCUUGUUUGGUAUGGCGCGUUGGAAUUUCAUUUGUACUACAUGUCCUUUCAGGGCGCCAUCGUCCUGGCGAAGCACAAGCUCAAAGAGGUUCCAGGCAUGCGGCCCUCCUCAGAGAGGGUGUCGGUUUGGACAGCAGUUGCAUCGCUAUUUAGUCCAGAGCAUGUCAUGCUGCAGCAGCUACACCCUCUCGACCACAUUGAGGACUUGCAGUCGCAGAUGACUUGCUGGAAAGUACUUCUGUCUCAUGUGGCCGGCUUUGCCGCCAUCAAUUCGUUUGGAACCCUCCAACAAAUGGACGCGUUUUGCAGCAGCUGGCAGAUGAGUGCCUGGAUAGUUGUGAUUGCGGCCAUCUCGCUUCUCCUGUUGCAGUGGUAUUUCGACGAGCAGAGAAGAAGGGUCGCCGAAAACUGGAAAACCUUCUCAAGCUUGUACGACGACCGCAUGGAAGAUCUUUAUCAUGAGUGCUACAUCAUGUGGCACGAGGAAGCUGAAGAGCCAGAGGACAACGUGCUGGCGUUGACCCUCUCCUUUCUGACCGUCCAGACGGUGCGAUUCUGGAUAUCUGGCUACAUGCCCGACGUUGAAGGGCUUGAUAGCUGGGCGGUGCAAACAACCCGCAGCUUCAGUGACGUCGAGACGCUCUUGAUGGCAGGGGCCGUAUUCUGCGCAGGUACCGUCGCCUUGGACCUCUAUGCAGGCCUGCAUGUUAGCGACGAUGGCGACGGUGAAGAGCCUCGAACGUACCAAGUGGCUUUGGCUUCUUUCAAUCAGGCGUUUGCUUGGUGCAUGUACUUCGGGUGCAAGUGGCUGGUCGCCACGCAGCUGUUCGUCACUGGUCCUGAGGAGAAGAUGAUUCUGCAUCUUAUUCUGGCUGCCUUGGUCACUUUCAUAGCUGUCGUCGCAAUUUGGGUCCUUGACAAACUGGCUGAUCUGGAAGCCACAGGCGAGGAUCUGGAUCAUGCGAUUAUACAGGUCAUUGGUGGCAACUCCAUCCUGGUGGGCUUUGCAUGGGAACAGUGUUUCGAUCGGGCGAUAGAGGUUAUAGCAGCGCAGAGCACUUUCUUCCGAGUGCCACCGCUGGCGAUGAAACUGGCCCUGGCAGCUGCAUGCAUCUGCAUCAUAGUUCCAGCGUGGCGUCGAUGGAUCUUGCCUAUGGUCCUGCGCGAGGGUUGGAAGUUUGGCUUCGUCAUUGAUGGCAGCGAUCCCAAAUGGGGAAAAGUCUUCAAAAGCAAGCGAUGGCGCUGGCUUAUGCAUAGAGCUGGCAUCCAAGUGAUCGGAUUCAAGAGACCUUCCCUGGUGUCGCAGCAGAAAAGGGACAAGAACCAUGGCAUGGCAUUCCAGAAGCGUCGACAGGAAAGAGGAAUGUUCAAGAUUCUGCAGAAGGAGAAGGCCCUCUCCGCCUCAGACGGGUGGCCGGACGACUCCCCUGCUAAGGAAAAUGGAAUGAAGUUCGUGUACGGAGGAGGUAGAGACCUGACGCGGCCUUUGCUUCAAGACUCUGAAGACUCCGACUUCUACAGCCUCGACCGGUCUGUCGAAGUCCUGCACAGGCAAAUCCUACACCUGGCAGAAGUGGAGGCGAGCAACAAGCGCUUGGGGCCUGAGAUGAGGCAGCUGACCGAGAAGAUCUCCGACCUUGCCACUCUUGCUGCAGAGGAAAAACUCUCCUUGAGAGCUCAAGCUUCUCUUGAUGCUCUCGGCAGCUUAUGCCCGGAGACUGUCCGGUGCCUCGAUGCUCACGUGAAGACGCUGGCAGAUGCCGAGCAGGGCCGUGAGGUGCGUGUGUUAGAUUUGCGCGCCGGCGAUCGCAUCUUCGUCAGGGCCGGAGAGGUGCAGCGAGAGGCCGGAGAGUCCACGCUGCAGCGCUGCUUGCGCUCUUUAAAGAUUAGGCUUGGCCAAGCUUACCUCUUCGGCCAAGGCCUCCCGACCGAAGCUCGUGACUCUUGUGGAUGCAGUAGCAGAGCGCUGGUCCUUUGCGGUGGUCGUUUCGACUGCCCUCGUCGCGGCCAGCUGAUUCUUUCGACGCCCUUGGUCUACCUCUCCGGGCUCUCUGUUGCUGCACGCAAUGGGGUGCUGCUGAAAGGAGGACGCACUCUGGACGCGCUGGCAGUGGCAAGUGGAGUGGCUUUUGACAAGACGGGGACGCUGACUACCGGCACGCCAGUUCUGCAGAGUUUGGAGGAAGUCGUGGACAGCGAGUCGGCACAUGACAAGUCCAAGGGCGAGCAUCAAGUGGACGCCCUGCUUUGCGCUGCUUCCCUUGGCCGGCUGUCCGUGCAUCCCGUUUCAAGGGCAGCCGUAGCGGCACUGCCCGAAGACAAGGAUCCCCUCCAGGUCACGGGCUUCCAAAUGGUCGCUGGUGAAGGCGUCACUGGAAAUUUGCUGCCCAAGGAAGACGGUGUCACCUGCAAAGCCGCCAUGGGACGUCCGGCGUUUGUGGCGAACCAGGUGGAAGGAAGCGGGCGAAGCAGCCACGCUUUGGUGCAUGCGCUGCGGUCGCGAGCAGCCAAGGUGGCCAAGACUGGCAGCGUCGUGAUGGCUUUGUCGGUGUGGUCGCCGGAUGAGGAGGCUCGAGCCUGGCUGUUUCACUUCGAGGACAGCGUCAAAGAAGCAGCACCCGCUGUGGUGGCAGAGGUUUCUCGAGGAGGUCCUGUUUACAUGCUCACCGGCGAUCGCCAUGCCAAUGCCAGAAGUGUGGUUGAUGAAGUAGGCGCCGCCAACUUCGAUGCCGUUCACGCGGACUUGAGACCGGAAGACAAGCUCGAAAAGGUGAGAUUGUACGACACCCUACUCCGAGAAACAGCCGGAAAGGGUUCGUGGCAAGCGCGGCUCUUGGGUCUUCUCGGCGUGUCUCUGGGUGGCCUCGUCAUGGUCGGAGAUGGAGUCAACGAUGCUCCUGCUUUGGCGGCCGCGACGGCAGGGAUUUCACUGGAGGCGCAGACGGACGGGGCAUUGCAGAGCAACGCCGUCGAUGGAUCGGACGCUUUGAUACUCAGACGGGCUAGUGACCCUCGUGGAGACAGCGACCUGAAGCGUGUGGCUUGGCUUCUCGCCUUGGCCCAGAAAGCGCGGUAUAUCAUUCUCCAGUCUUGCCGGUGGAUCUAUACUGGGCGCGAGCAGCGUGACACUCUUCACAGGAAUGCCGCUUUGGCUGGGAGUGCUGCUGCACGAGGGGACUACGAUGCUUGUGGUAUCGGAUAUCAGCAGGACAUCAAGAGUCAGGCAGCUGCGCCGCAGUAUGCAAGCAUCUGUGCGUGGCAGGAUCCACGCGUGGCUCCACUGGUACCGCCUGCAAACGGCUGGCAGUUCCAAGGCACCAUGCCUAGCAGAGACCCGUUCGGUAGCAUCGCUUCCGAUGUGGAGCUCUGGAGUGGGUCGGAAGACUUCCUUUACCCUGACGGCCGCCUUAUUUCUUUGCCACAUGGGUGCUACAUGCCUGUGGCCCAGAGCAGAAGGGACGGGCCUCACACCUGGGGCUCGGUUCCGAGAAAGCUCCUGGUUAGUGCCGUGAACGGCGUGGUAAUCAAGUUUUCUGUGAUGCAAGUGUGCAAUCGGGCUGAGAUCACCGACAUUUUGGCGAAUUGGGAUCAGGUCCUGCAGGUGCGCAGUUGUUGGGAUCAUGAGUUGGCAUUGCGAAUUGGUCUCGUGUUGCCUGACGCAGUCCUUGGACCGAGUACAAGCUUACACUGCUGCUCGUGCAAACGAGACGGCGACACAGCGCUUCGGGCUGCAGUUAUAGCUGCUGUCCGGACGAGAGGCUUUGAGCCAGAGAGGGUGACGGAGAGCGCGCCCGAGGCUAACGGAGGCAUGCAAGGUCCACCUCUGUUCGGUGACAGUGCAGAGGCCAUUCAAUGGGCGAAAGUGCAGAGGAAGUCGCCGAGGCGGAGGGAGAUACGAGGACUGUUGCCCGACUUUGAACCGAAGGAGCCGCGCCAGCAGGAGGCGGAUCAUAGUGCCGAUGCUGAUGUUUCAGCUCUUUCAAAGAACGGCCGAGCUGCCCCGCAGCUGCUCCUCGAGCGGUUUGAGCAACAUCUCGCAAAGGAGGCAAGGCAGCAGCGGCUCGAAGGGGUCCUGCGGGGCUGGCGAGAGGCAUGCACUCGAAGACGCACAGAAGACAGUCACAAGGAGGGCAAGGCCUGGGUGGAUCGCAUCACAGUGUCCUUGGAGAUGCAGCGUGAAACAGUGUCGAGGCUCCACAGGCAACGACGAGAUCGCUGCGAGAACGCCCUGCGCUCUUGGCAGGAGGUUCAGCGGCAGCUGCUGAUCAGCAACGUGUUCAGCGCAUGGUCAGCUGCAGUGGAACACACCCGUGUGAGCGCACGGGAGCUGGCACAUCUCAGCCAGGAAGAGGAAGUUCAAAAACUGCGCAGUGAGCUGGAAUCAUCACGAGCUGCCAAAGAGACGGCCGAGGCCCUUGCAGCUCAGCAUUCCUCCAUCGCUGCAGAAGUAGAGGCGAAGGCGGCAGCGGCGUGCGCAGAGGCAGCGGCAGCCAGAGCCGAAGCUGCGAGCCUGCGAGCGACGGCCGAAGAGACCUCGGCAGAGCUGCUGACUGCGAGAUCGCAGUUGAAGGAAGCGCAGCGGGAUCUCUCCGAGGCUGAAGAGAAGGUCACUGCGGUUCAAGAAGCUUGCAAGACUGCCCUUGAGCAGCAGGCAGAUGCUGAGAAACAGCUUCUGCGAUUUCGAGAAGCUUCUUCCAGGGAAACUGCGUCCGAAUCGCACAGGCUACUAACAGAUUUAACAAUCAAGUUGGCACAAGUGGAGGCCGACGCGGCCGAAGCGAGGAGUCAGGCAAGCAAAAGCACUGCCGAGAUGCAGCAUUUGCAGUCUGCAUUCGCCGAUGCUCGACGUGAACUGGAAGUUGUAUACAGCCUACUCUCGAACUCGGAAGUGGUUCAUCAAGAUGCUAUGAGACAUUUGAAAGGAACCAUCAGGGACCGUGAGCUUGCGAUGGCACACCUGCGUCACCUCCUGGAAAGAUUACGUGAGCCACCUGUUCCGGUAAAGGAGGAUGAGGACCUGAAGCGGAAGCAGACAGCUGACACUCCCUCGGCCAGCACACCCGGAAUUCAAUCCUGCUUGAGUUUGCCGAGCCUGUCCUCGGUUUCGUCGCCUCAGAGCGUGCGCACGGUCAAGAGCAAGCCUACGCCCAAAGAGAUCGAAGAUCGGAAAAAAAGGUGGAGUGCCAACUGGCACUAG